CCCCCCCUCCGUGCUCCCCCAGAACAAGCUGCUCGCGUGAAGAAGCUGCAGGAGCAGGAGAAGCGCCAGAAAGUCGAGUUCAGGAAGAGGAUGGAGCAGGAGGUGUCCCAAUUCAUCCAGGCCAGUGGGGAGCCCCGGCGCCGCUUCCAGCCCAUGAACAAGAUCGAGAGGAGCAUCCUGCACGACGUGGCCGAGGUGGCCGGGCUGACGUCCUUCUCUUUCGGGGACGACGAGGACAGUCGUUAUGUCAUGGUGUUCAAAAAGGAGUUCGCACCGUCGGACGAGGAGCUGGACGCGUAUCGGCGGGGGGAGGAGUGGGACCCGGCCCUGGCUGAGGAGCGACGCCGCCUCCGGGUAGGCGGGGCUUAGAGCACACAGGCGGGGCUUAGUGA